UCGUUGUUUCCGCACGGACCUAUUUUCGGAAGGACACCGCCAACAUGGACGCCGACUGCACACGAGCUCUGGAGUUUUUGACAGCAGUGGAAGAGGCGGCUGAGGAUGUUCUCAGCACCAAACAACAGAUUGUGGACCUGGAUGUGAAGAGGAACAGGAACAGAGAGGCUCUCCAUGCGUUGAAACAUGAGAUGUGUGAUAAAG